AUGAGUGGCAGUCACUGGGCGAGUGUGUUCGAUGAAUGUGCGAAGAAAUUAUUGGGUGAAUCUGCCGAUGAGCUCGCUAAGCUUCGUAAGUACAAUCCCGAUGCGUACUCAGAGUAUUUCAGAAAGCCACUUUUCAAAACGUAUUCAUUUCGUAUUGUUUCACGCAAUCAAGAUGUUUCCAAACUGCAACAACAACAACAUUCAGCACCUUCCAGUGAUAACAAUUCCAAUCAAAAAAUGUUAUCAAGCAAAAAGGUGUCAAAAAUGCGUUGGAGUGUUCUUGAUUUGAUGCCUAUCGACUACGAUGUUCACAUUCAAUUGUUGGAGGGUUACAUUCGAAAAUAUACUUCUAAAUGA